CAAAAAAGGGGCAACAAAAACAAGCGAGAAGUCUUCCAUUGCAAAUCUUCUCCCUUCUUUGACCGACCGGCAACAAUACGUACACAAAACCUCUAUCUCUCUACUUAUUCACACACAGAACAAAUCUGCGUUGAUGGCUGGCCGGUACGAUCCAAAUCCUUUUGAUGAAGGAGAUGCUGAUGAAGUUAAUCCGUUCUCCGAUCAAGGAUCUGGGGGCAAAGGAACCGGCAAGACAAGUUAUUCUGGAGGUUCAUUCUACACAACAAGUGUUCCACCUGCUACAAACUCUCGACUAUCCCCUCUUCCUCACGAACCUGCAGACUUUUAUGACAGGAGCGCCCCCGUUGACAUUCCUCUCGAUUCAGCUGCAGAUCUGAAGAAGAAAGAGAAAGAGUUGCAAGCUCGGGAAGCUGAUUUAAGGAAGAGGGAAGAGAUAGUGAAACGGAAAGAAGAGGCUGCUGCACGAGCUGGUAUUGUUCUUGAGGAGAAAAAUUGGCCACCAUUUUUCCCGAUCAUUCACCAUGAUAUUGCAAAUGAGAUCCCAAUUCAUCUACAGAAAUUGCAAUAUGUUGCAUUCACAACAUACUUGGGAUUAGUGCUAUGUCUUCUGUGGAAUAUCAUAGCCACAACUACAGCUUGGAUUAAAGGAGAAGACCCAAAGAUCUGGUUUCUUGCUCUCAUCUACUUCAUAGCGGGAGUUCCACUUGCAUAUGUGUUGUGGUACCGGCCUCUUUACCGUGCAUUUAGGAAUGAAAGUGCUUUUAGGUUCAGUUGGUUCUUCAUAUUUUACUUGAUUCAUAUCGGCUUCGUCAUCUUUGCUGCAGUUGCCCCUCCUGUCGUCUUUAAAGGAAAAUCUCUUGCGGGGAUCUUACCGGCAGUUGAUCUUAUAGGCGAUCACGCGUUGGUUGGGAUUUUCUAUUUUGUAGGAUUCGGGUUAUUCUGUCUCGAGUCUCUGCUCAGCAUCUGGGUUAUUCAGCAAGUAUACAUGUAUUUUCGGGGAAGUGGCAAAGCAGCAGAAAUGAGACGUGAAGUUGCUAGAGGUGCCGUACGGGCAGCUAUAUGAGUUGGUGCUGCUAUAUAUAAGCAGCAGAGGAUUUAUGAGGGGAUCGACUUGCGCUAUAAUUCAAGACACAGAAUGGUUCGUUGUUCCUAGUAGCUCAGGGAAACGUUGAUGUUAAUUCUGAACCUUGUUUUUCGUGGUGUUUUUUUUUAAUUCCUUAAAAAGAUUUAUUUGAUGUAAAAGUAUAGAGAGAUGUGAAAAUCUGGUAGAUUACCUUUGUAAAUCUUGUGUUAUAUGAUUGUUCUGAUUCAUAAGACAUUGCUAUAUGUUUUUAGCUUCU